UCGGCGGCGCAGGAGCAGCAGGAGGUGGCAGUAGUGGCCACUCUUAGUUGAGGGGAGUCGGAGAGGUUGUCCCGUGAGGUCGGCGCGAAGCACACGCACAGCUCCAGAGGAUCAUCUGAAGGGGAGACAUGGAGGAGACGGGCGGUGCAAGUGCGUACGGGGCUGCGCUCGCAGGAGCAGAGGGCUUCAACUUCUUCAAGUUUAUCCGACAGCCGCACACCAUCGUGAGGCUGCUCAGCUGGAUAUUCUGCAUGGUGGUGUUUGGCUGCAUCACAACAGAGGGCUACAUCAACACUGUCUACACCGCUGAUGCAAAGUGCAUCUUCAACAAAAACGACUCUGCGUGUCAGUAUGCUGUGGGAAUCGGCGUGAUGGGCUUCCUGGCAUGCGUGGUCUUCUUGAUGUUCGAUGUUUACUUGCCUUACAUGAGCAACGCACAGGAGAGGAAGUACACUGUCAUGGCCGACCUGGGAUUCUCAGGGGUGUGGACCUUCCUGUGGUUUGUGUGUUUCUGCCUGCUGGCCAAUCAGUGGAGUCACACCAAGGACAUCAGCGGGGUCCCUGAGGACGCCGCACGCGCCACCAUCGCCUUCUCAUUCUUCUCCAUCGCCACCUGGGGAAUCCUAACCUACUUCGCUCUGGGUCGUUUCCGUCGUGGUGUGAAUGAAGUCUCUGUCCCCACCUACACGGAGCCACCACCCGAUCACCACACCGCCUACCCUCCAACCUACGCCCCCACUUCCUACAACCCCACGACCUACAACCCCGACUCCCACAACGCUUACCCCACUGAACCACACCGCUUAAAACAACUCACCGCAGCCUACGGCUACAGCCACCCAACUCCCCUGACAGCAGCGCUCAAACAACAUCGCCGGCAGCCAAGGCGCUCCACCCAACUACGGAGGGAGGCAUGGGGCGAUGGCGGCGUUCAUCUGUUGGUAGAGUGA